AUGCCGGCGGCGCCUUAUGCUAGGAUAUUCUCGCCAACCGGUGUCGCACGGUUGACCCAACAGCCACAGAGGGAGGCUCUAAAAAUGGCAAACGAAGCAUUGGGACUUGACGUCAGGGCCUGCAUCUUCGACGUUUUCGGUACGGUAGUGGACUGGCGAUCCAGCAUCAUCGCCCAGUGCAAAAACAUGGGCCGUAUCAAGGGAAUCGAGAGGGAUUGGGGAUCCUUCGCCGACACGUGGCGCGGUAAAUAUCGCCCGUACAUGGACAAGGUCCGCAACGGUGAACUUCCCUGGACAAACCUUGACGCACUGCACCGCAUGUCGCUGGACGACGUUCUCGAUGAGUAUGAAAUCUCCGGUUUCAGCGACGACGAAAAGAUGGAGGUCACCUAUUUCUGGCACCACCUCCAGCCGUGGCCGGACACGGUGCCCGGCCUGUACCGGCUCAAGUACAAAUUCAUCAUCGCACCCAUGUCCAACGGUAACAUCGCCCUCAUGACCAACAUGGCCAAGAAUGGCGGGAUGCCCUGGGACUGCAUUCUGGGUGCGGAAGUUGCUCAGCAUUACAAGCCCGACCCGGAAAGCUAUGGCACCGCGGUGAAACUCCUGGGCCUCAAGCCCGAGCAGGUGAUGAUGGUGGCCGCUCACCAGGGAGACCUCCUGGCCUCGGCCAAAGUAGGUUUGCGCACCGCCUUCGUUCCGAGACCCCGGGAACACGGCCCCGACCGCACGCCCGAUCCGACUCCCGACCCGUCGUUCAACGUGGUAGCCGAUAGCUUCGUUGACCUGGCCGCAAAGCUGGGGGCAUAG